UGGAAUUGAUCGGGCUUUCCAACUGGCCUUGCUUUUACCGCGUUUAUUUUUUUAUAACGGUUUUCAAUCUCGACAUCUACUCGUUUUUGUUGAGAGAAUUCACGGCGCACUCUUUACGAUUUGUACUGUGCGACAGGUAGUGAUGCUGUCGUAGAACUCGAGACGAGGUCGGCCUCCAGGUUUGAAUUGGUGGAGGGAGAGUCUGGAUUCCUCGUCACCAUGAUUUUCGUAUUCGUUGUCGAUACGAGUGCGUCAAUGAACCGGUUAUUUUCGGAAAAUCUCACUUUCCUGGAAAGUGCAAAGGCCGCCAUUGAACACUUUUUCAAGUGGGAACAUGCGUCUUCUAGCCGCAAAGACAAUAGAUACAUGCUGGUUGCCUAUGAAGAGCCUUAUUAUAAGACCCUUCUUGAUACCGAUAACGAUCAGAUGUUGUUGCAGGAGCUGAAAAUUCUGAAAGCUACCGACUUGUCUACAGCCGGAGCAGCUUUUGCGGGAACUUUUGACUAUUUGGACAAUUACCGCAGGAGAAAUAGCUUUGAUAACAUUGGGCGUGGUCGAUAUCCUGCGGACUUGGAGACGACCACAAUGUUCUGGUUCACGGAUGGUUCGGGCUUCAUGGAACAGUCCGAGGAUAGUUGGGUCGUAUCGGACGAUCUGAACAUUCCGCGACUUCGAACACCUGGAAGCAAAUUGUAUGCUGAACCAUAUAGAUGGGACCAACGCUUAUACACAUUGUGGUUGACCGAUGAAGUCGGCCCGAAUAAGGAACAAGUAAACAAGCUGAGCAAUGAUAUGGGCGGACAAUGGUGGCAGAUUCCUAACGUUAGGUACCUUCUCCAAUGCAUCGAUAACUGCAUGCGCCCAAAUGGGCAUCCGGGUGUCCAUCCAUACGCUCCUGUUUGCAACAUUGAAGGAGUUAUCGUGCGACUGGUCGAACAUCCUGACACGUGCAAGUGGAUAUCAACUCCUGAGCAGCCAGGUCCACCGGAGGAAAAGUUGAUUGUGUACUCGAACAAAGGGUCUACACAUCACUUUCCAAUCCCCGAGUCCUAUUGGAUUCCUGGCAGCGGAGCCGACGACGCAUCGAAACUUUUCAAUAUCCCACCUCGGUCUGCGCAACCGAAAAUAUACUUUACAAAGCGUGACGACGUAUAUCCGAUUCCCGAAGGGUUUCCAGUAGAUCGAUUUAGUAUUGAUCAGAAGAGCGCUAUUGUGCGAGAAUUGAUGCAGCAGCCGGGGCAACCCAGCUGGACGUUGUUUGUUCAAAAUAGUGACAGCACCCCUGGGUUCGGCAAGCCAUUUGGGACGCUGAAGUACAGUGGAAGCAGCAGAACAGUGAGCCUGUACAUUAUGCCAUACGAUUUUCCAAAACUAUUCGGACUACUUUUGAUGUUGAAGAGGCGACAAAAUCCCAGUGGAAUCAUCAGUGACAUUGUCAGUGACAUUGGAGACUAUAUUCGUUCUGUUCCAAUAUACUACCGGGAGCCUCUCAAAAAGGCUUUCGCAACUAUCAAUUUGAUGCAUAUCUGGCCAAAGGAUGUUGUUCAUGAUUAUCAUGUCGGCAUUGAGCACGUUUCCCAUGAAGCAGUUCGUAAGGCUAAAACGGAAGCUCUAGCCGUACAACAAAUUGUACAGCAACGCAGGUCCGCUUCUCGACUGCGAUCCCAUCCUCAACAUGCAGAGUCUCAGAACGUCCAGAUUCCCAACAUUGUUGACAUUCCCCGGGACCAACUUGCUACAAAACUCCAACAGAUAAAGGCUUCUGUUAUGAAUGCUGUGCAAGGUCAGAGAGAACAGAAACGACCCUCGCAAGAGGAUGAAGAUCACCUUCACAUGUUGCCAAUUUCUGAGAUGGGUAACUAUGCUCCCCGUAUGGCGAAACAGCAACGCCUACGCGACCCUUUCGAAGAUGACGAUGUUGCAAGACAGCGGGAGAGAAACAUGUUCGGGAACCCCUAUCGCAUGGAUAAGAAGAUUUCCAUCGACGAAGAAGAUGAGGCGUCGCAGUUGGAAGUAAAUAUUUCAGAUACCGCGACGGACGCUUCAAGUGAAGUAUCAACGUCAAGACGCAAGCGAAAAUGGAGGUCUGUAUCCCCGUCCAUACGUCCAUACAACCGUCAUCGAGUUCCUAGGUUGUCGCCCUCCCCAGCACCAGUGCUAGUGAUGCCCCCAGUAUUAAGCUGGAAAGAAAUCAAAGAGGGCAAAGUGGACGUCACCUCAAUGAAGAAGAAAGCUCAGGAGGAGUAUAUCCAGAAGCGUUCUGCGUUGCGAGACGCCUCACCUGUGGAUAUAAAAGAAUCCCCCCGAGACCAAGUGAAGACAGAAACACCAAAUAGAGUAUCGGAUUGGUUGGUUGGAGUACAUAUCGAGGCUAUUGAAGAUUCAGAUGAGGAGGAACAAGCUUUGAGUGAAGACAUGGAUACUGAUCCCAAUACGCAUAUGCCACCGGAUGGCGACGCCUUUGCGGGAAAGCAAGCAGGAGCUGCUCCAGUUGAUCGCACCAAUGAAAUUAGACCUCCGGCUGCAGCUGGUGGCACAACAGGCCUGAUCGCCCAUCCAACCGGUGUGGCUAACCAAGCCAGGAAGGGUCCAAAAAGAAAGACUCCUUCCCCUGAACCGGAUGGUGCAUAUGAUGGGCAGGUACAGCAAAAAUGGGGUAGAUGGGAUUCUUUUGUGGAUGUGAGAAGAAGGAUACACUCGUUGAUAUGGCGAUUGCCACGAGAUUACAAUCAAAAUCGGGUCUUGAAAACCCUUGAUGUUACUGCGGAAACAACUCAUCUAACUACGGAUGAUAAACACAGGAUACUGAAGCAUGCCAUACGCGCCGGUAAUGCCUUCAGACGGCAACUUGUCGCAUUCCACGCUCAAUCUUUGCUGGAUGGUGGGCGGUUUCCGGAACCAUCCGGGGACAUCUGGUGGAAUGACCCUCCGACACACGAGGAUGGGUUUGGUCAAAAUGGACGAACCGGUUCUCAUUAUGCAUCACCAUGGCAUAUCCUAGAGCCAAACGGAAGUUAAUUUUGUGGCAGUCGGCUGUACAUUGAUUACAAACUGAUACCCAAAACCAUGGUGACCGGUGUAGGAAGACGUCAAAUGGGACAACCAACAAUGACAUGCACUACGUGAGUCGUAGCUUUCUACAACAACGUCUCUACAUACGAUGGGCAACGUGACUAUUUACUAUGUGGAGGACUACAACAAUCUCUUGGCGCGAGUGACUGACGCCGGGCGACCUUAAACGGCAACCAGCGUCUGAGAGCCUUCCCAGGUAUCACCUGGCCCAAGCUUGAUCAUCGCCGCAACGGAGCCGACCUUCCAAAAUAAUGUACGACGGUCAGCUAUAUCAGAGGAAGAAGAUACUACUGCUCUUCAAUAUACCUCCACACAGAUCAUGUUAUGAUACUGUGACAAAAACAUUAGUAUAAGAAUUUCUCCCUGGUUGGAUUGUACUGUUCCUACCUCCUC